AUGCCUGGCCUUAGCUACGAAGCCAACGCAUUCGACGCAUUCGACUAUGCCAAUCUCUUCACUGAUUGUCCCUCGAGCUCAGGUGUCGCCAACUGUCCUUGGGCAGAUGAUGGCAUUUAUGGGAUGACCAGCUUUGGACAACGCCUCCCGAAUGAUACAACAGCUAUAAAAUUGUCUCAAUUAAGUCCCUCAGCUGUGUCCACUAGCCUCGCGGAGAAUCCUCAACUUGUCGAGAAUUUCUUCAACAUGAAGGUACCUCCAAUUCUGGAGCCAAUAGAAACCGGGCCGAGGUGGCUCUCCACAAGAUCGCUCUUUGAAGCCAUGUCCAGCGAGUCCCAGAUGGUUCGCCUGGCGAUUAUGGCCUUCUCCGCCGUUCAGCAUAAGGUCUCUGGUGCAGAUCCGAACAUGGAUCACCGAAGCUUCUACGACAAAGCGAGUAAAGAGCUAUCUCGAACUUUCAUUGACUGCAGCAAGGAUGUGCAGCUAAUUUCGCAAGGCCUCAAGCAUAUCCUGGCCACAAUCUUCCUCUUAACGUAUGCGGAUCUUGUCACUGAGCGGGUCGAGAUUGCCCAUAUAAAUCUCAAGGAAGCUCAUGUCAUAAUAACAAAGGCAGAUAGGGCUCAGCUUGGACCGCUGGAGCGGAAACUGAUCUCAUGGGUACGUCUACUGGACGCUCGAGCGGUCUCUGCUGGUGGUGAGGGACUCUUUGUAGCCGAUAGAGUGGACGUCGCGGCUCCCAUUCCCAACAAAGGCUCCCCUGCCUCUCCGCUAGUCGCUCGUCAAAAUGUCGAGGUCGAGGUCGAAGAAGCCCUCUUCGACAUUCUCUAUCAACCUGGUAUUGAGUUCUUUCAAAAAGUUCAGUCCUUCAUGGGUAGGAUUACGAUGAUCGACCAAUGGCACCGCAGUCGAGGCACUGUUGAGGACGAAACUGAGGUCAUGACAAUUGCAGCUAGCAUUACAAAAGAUCUCGGAAACCUCUAUGAACAGAGGCCGACACUGAUGGACUACGCGGUUGGUGGCCAUCUCACCGAUAAGUUCAUCUCCCAGGCGCUUGUCGUGCCCGUCACGAGAAGCUUCCAGUCAUAUCUGGCCAACUUCUAUGCCUGCUACAUCCAUUUGCAUCGCGUGGCUUUCAAGCACCUUCCUCGAUCUAACAAUGUAUGUGUUGCUCUCACAACCAUUGGGAUGCUUGCACACGAGAUGACUUCUGCUCCCGAGACGUUGCCGGUGAACAUGCUUUGGCCACUGCUGAUGUGGGGUUGUGAGGAGGAUGAUGCCUACGAGCGUCAAUGGGUCAUUCAGACAAUCCACAGCAUGGAGCACAACGCGUCCAAUGCUAAACGCAUAGCUGAGCUUCUAGCGGAAGUCCAACGCCGCCAGGAUCUUGGGCGGGCCAGAGUUGAUGUACGGGAAGUCUCACAUCACAUGUUCCAACAGGCUUUUGCUAUCGUGUAA